AUGCCGCACCCCGAGAACGGCACCAACGGCGACGCCCUGCCCACCGAGCACACCGCUCUGCUCCCCAACCAGCCCAAUGGCAUCCACCACCAGAAGGUUUGGGGCGAGGAUGAUGGCCGCUCCUACGUGCGCGUGCCUCUGCACAUCGCCUACACAACCUGGAUGAUGCUGGCCAGCAACUACGUCAACGUCCUGCUGGUCUUCGUCCCGCUUGGAAUCAUUGCCGGCGUUCUGGACUGGUCCCCGACUUCCGUCUUCGUGCUCAACUUCAUCGCCAUCAUCCCGCUCGCCGCUCUGCUGAGCUUCGCGACCGAGGAGCUGUCAGCCAAGCUUGGCCAGACCAUCGGCGGUCUGAUGAACGCGACUUUCGGCAAUGCCGUCGAAUUGAUUGUCUCCAUCGUGGCUCUGAAGAAUGGCGAGAUACGAAUUGUCCAGUCCAGCAUGCUGGGCAGCAUCCUCUCAAACAUCCUUCUCGUCCUCGGCUGCUGCUUCCUCGCCGGCGGCAUCCACCACCGUGAGCAGCGUUUCAACGAGACGGUUGCCUCUACCAUGUCGUCCCUUAUGGCUGUCGCUAGCGCUUCACUCAUCAUCCCGGCAACUCUAUACGCUGCCCUGCAGUCCUCCAAGUCCAAGAGCGAAGAUCACAUUCUGAUCCUCUCACACGGAACUGCAGUGAUUUUGCUCAUCCUGUACAUCAUGUACCUCUACUUCCAGCUGAAGUCUCACUCGGAUUUCUUUGAUGCCGAGGCGCAGGAAGAGGAAGAGCCUGAGGAGCACAUCCUGGGCCCCGUUGCUGCUGCUGUUUCGCUGCUCGUCAUAACCGUAAUCGUUGCCGUCUGCGCCGAAUACCUCGUCGACAGUAUCGACUCCAUUGUCCAGACCGCUCACAUCUCCAAGACCUUCAUCGGCUUGGUUUUGCUUCCGAUUGUCGGAAAUGCGGCUGAGCACGUAACGGCUGUGGUCGUCGCCUACAAGGACAAGAUGGAUUUGGCUAUCAACGUCGCCAUUGGCAGCUCCAUGCAGAUUGCGCUCUUCGUCACUCCUUUCAUGGUUCUUCUGGGCUGGAUCAUGGACAAGCCCAUGACCUUGCACUUCCAAACCUUUGAGACGGUGGUUUUCUUCCUCAGUGUCCUGGUUGUCAACUACCUUAUCCAGGACGGGAAGAGCAACUACCUCGAGGGCGCCAUGUGCAUUGGUACCUACAUUAUCAUUGCUUUGGCUUUCUUCGUCUACCCCGAUGACGCCGGCGACAUCACCAAUUUCUUCCAGGCUCUCAUUGGGAGCUCCUCGACUUGA